ACAGUCCUCCUAUCAAAAUCCGGGUAGGUGCUCUUUCACAUCUUCCCUAACGCUACAUGGAGCGUGUGAGCAACAUGGAUUGGGACAGAGCAAGAUCGUCGUCAUGCCUUCCAUGCAUUAUGGCCUCCACUCUGCGCGGUGUGCCUCGCAUUCUCCAGAGCAUCGUCGCCUUCGCAGGAAUUCUUCAUUGCCGUCACGCGCAGGCUUUUGCAUCACCAACGGGCAUUUCAGUGGGGGUCAACGAGGGCUUGCUGGUUACAGGAUCCGUCCACUUUGGGGUCGUAGUGGUCCAGAACCUGUGCGUGGAGCUCCGCGGGUACGACGCCGCCGACGCUGCCGCUCUCCGGACAAGCACGGGGGGCGUGGCUACCGCCGCUACCGUUGCCCUCGAGAGUGGCACCUGGCGGGAUUGGCACGGGGCCGGGGCGAGGUUCUCGCAGCUGCAGCGGACCGGGGGACCCGAGGGGUCGUUCGCCUUCGUCACGCCAGAGAGCGGGCUCGUGCUCGUCCUGGCCGCCUACUCCGAAGGGGGUGACUACCCCGCCGCGGUGCGAGUCUUCCCGGACGGCCUCGGCAGUAAUGGCGGCGACAGGGGGGUCGAGUCGGGCAGGGUGCAGGUGGACAUCGAUCUUCUAGAGGUGGGAAGAAGCCACGCGCCGGAAGCUCUGUGGAGCCAGGGCGCUGCUCGAGAGAACGACCGAUCGCCGUGCGCGCGUGCCGAGGCCAAGAGCAAGGGGAACAGCGAUCCUCCCGCCUCCGACAGCAGGGGUUCGGUCGAAGGAGACGAUGAUGGUGAUGCUGUAGCGCAAGCAGCGCUCUCGGCUCUAGACGUCCCGUAUCUAGCGGGUUUAGCAGGAGAGACGUUGGCACAUGCAAGGGUGGCUCUGACAGCUCUGCUCCUGUUCUCGUGUAGCAACCUUGGUCGGCUAGGCGCGGACUUGUGGGAGACGGGCGUUGCUGUGGGCGACGUUCUCCGCUUGGCAAUGAAGAAGGCAUGGCGAUACGUGCAAGAGAGCGCGUUGUUGGUGAACUCCUCGGCCUGGUUCGCGCAAGGCUUGUCGGAGUUGUCGAGCUGGUUUGAGCAGAACUCAAACCGGUUUUGGUGGGAGGAGGCAUCGACCCAAAUUUCUCGUCGGUCGGGCCAGCAGACCCCGGAAGAGCUUUGGACCGCCUGGUGGGUGCGGGUUGGGGGCAUUGCUCUGUCGCUAGGAUUUGUGCAGCAGAUUUUGGUCUUCAUCUGCAGGUGUUUCGGUAGGGAGGAGGAACCACGAGAAGAACCUAUAGGUAACGAUGACGACAAAGGGUUCGGAGCUCGUGGCAACGAGCCAAUCAGCGAGGCGGACGCGAUGGUGGGGACGUUCUAUGGCCAAGACGGGAAGGUUUCUCGACUGGAAAUCGCGAGGUUCGACCGCCCCGAACAGCCGGUGACGGCUGAGAGGAGGGGGGGCGUUUUGAGUGCGGUGUUUGGCAGAAGCAGCAGCAUUAGGUCAAAGACAGCAUCAGUAGAUGAGGCCUCCAGUGGAAAGGGGACAGAAGCUGACGAAUUUACUUCCAUGUUUCGAGCUCUCAGCCAGCCUGCUUGUAGCACGAUGGGGCCUGUCGAGGGAGGUGCGGAGGGUGCGAGUCAAGUUAUCGUAGUGACGCAGCAGAGCUGGGCGAACGAACCAAGGGAAGCGAUUUGCUACUAGGGAGAUAGUGCUUGACUCACAGAACCCCCAUCAGUGAUGCGUGGGUACUGCUCACAUUGUAGGUCGCGGCGAUGACACAGCACACACACACACAUGGGUCAGAUUGUUUUGGUUCGUCCUUCAUCGGUCAGGCUGCCUGAGAACGUACACGUUGGUGUGAAAGCACUUGUUCUUGUGAUUGUUGCAGUUUGGUAUGUGCCUAAGGAUGCGGCUGGGUGCGAAUUUGGUUCCGAAACACUACUGUUCGCCUACCCUGGGGUUAGUUCUCGUUCCGUAGAUCUUGUUCGCAGAUCCUUUUCCAACCGUUUUCUAGUAGUUUCCAUGUGCAUCAGUAACAGAACAACGUAGUCGAAAGUCUUUUCAU